CAGCGGGCAGCCCCUGCGCCAGCGGGCAGCCCCUGCGCCAGCGGGCAGCCCCUGCGCCAGCGGGCAGCCCCUGCGGGGCCCCAGCCGGGCGGAGGGCAAGCGCAGAGCGGCACAGCGGCCGGCCUCAGGCAGAGCCCGCGCCUAGGCCCACUCUGUCGCGACUAUGGCGCGGGAUAGGGUGCGGAAGGGCAGAUGGGAGAGACGAGAGCGGGACGUGGGCUCCUGUGGGGGGCAAAGCGUGGAGGUGAGAGGGGUCGCUGGGCCGCUGUAUGGCCGAUGGCGGGGCCGCCCUGCAUGUGCGGGGGACUCCGCAGAGCCCCUGUGCUGGCCCCGUAGGGAGCAUCGCUAGCCGAAACCUACCGGUGUCAAACGAAAAAGCGACAGCAGCGGUGCCGCGCUACAGCAGGUUGGGAUGUUGGUCUCUAUCCUUUCCUGUCACAUGGCUGGUAAUAGGAUCCUUCAUCUGCCACUCGGCACCUCGCCGGAGUGCAGUUACAGGACACAUGCUGUAGGGCCUCAGCUUCCCGCACUUCGCGCUCUUCCCUGCCGUCCGGGACCACCUCUGCCCCUGGAGCGCUGGGGCAGCUGCCUGCCAGCGCGGUGCGGCCCACCGGCCGCUGCCCAUGGAGCCCCCCGCCCUCGCCGCCGUCCUGGCCUUGUCAGGGCUGACGCUGAGCUGCUGCCGCGAGCCCGCUCUCUCCGAAUGUUACACUGCAAAUGGGGCUGACUAUCGCGGCACUCAGAACCAGACCUCCCAGUAUGCAGGGAAACCCUGUCUUUUUUGGAAUGAGACCUUUGAGCACCCUUAUAAUACUUUGAAAUAUCCCAAUGGGGAGGGAGGGCUUGGAGAGCAUAACUACUGCAGGAACCCUGAUGGAGAUGUCAGCCCAUGGUGCUACAUUGCAGAGCAUGAGGAUGGAAUAUAUUGGAAGUACUGUGAGAUUCCAUCCUGCCGAAUGCCAGGGAAUCUAGGGUGCUACAAGGACCAUGGGGAGCCACCACCUUUGACUGGUGCCAGCGAGACCUCCAAUAAGCUGACUAUUCAAACGUGCAUCAGUUCCUGCCGAAGUCAACAAUUUAAGUUUGCAGGCAUGGAAUCAGGUUAUGCUUGUUUCUGUGGAAAUAAUCCUGACUACUGGCGGUACGGGGAGGCAGCCAGUACAGAAUGCAACAGUGUUUGCUUUGGAGACCAUACUCAGCCUUGCGGUGGGGAUGGAAGAGUCAUUCUUUUUGACACCCUUAUUGGCGCCUGUGGAGGGAAUUACACUUCUGCUACAGCUGUGAUUUAUUCCCCAGAUUUUCCUGAUACAUAUGGCACAGGCAAAGUCUGUUACUGGACCAUACAAGUUCCAGGAGCAUCUCGAAUCCACUUCAGCUUUGCCCUUUUUGAAAUUAAGGAUGCUGCAGAUAUGGUGGAAUUUCUGGAUGGCUACACAUACCAUGUUCUAGCUCGUUUUAAUGGCAAGAACCGGCCUCCCCACACCCUUAACAUCUCUUUGGAUUUUGUAAUUUUAUACUUUUUCUCAGAUGAAAUCAAUCAAUCCCAGGGAUUUGCUAUCAGAUACAGAGCUGUGAAGGACAGUGUGCAUCAAAACAAGGUUUCAGUGAAUCAGACCCUUUCCGAGAAGAUAAAUGAACAAGCAAAUCACAGCAUCACUGCAGCCCGGUCGUCAAAGAUCCUUUAUGUCAUCACAACCAGCCCAAGCCAUCCUAGUAGCUCCAUGCCUGAGUGGACAAUAUACAGUCUCACAGCGCUGCUCAUCCUAAGUUUUACAGCCAUAACAGCAAAGAUAUUUUUCCACAUUACCAUGAGAUCCCAUCAGACACCAUCUGCAAUAGAAAGAGAAGAUUCCAGUGAGGUUACUACUGCUGGUGAGAUCUGGAGUAUAUUGUACCAGCCAUCCACAUCCAUAUCCAUCUUCAAGAAAAAGCUCCAAAGUCAACAGGACGACUGCAGCCCACUGGUGGGAAACUGAAGUCUCGUCUCUUUUACAAGAAUCAAUCUUAAAAUCCAGGGUGACUUGGGAAUAAUCCUUCCCCCCAGCCCCCCCCCAAAAAAAAACUCUUUCCCAGAAGUCUGUUUCCAAAGGCCUUUGAGUGACUUUGCAUAUCUGCUGUUCUCUCGGGUAUACUAGUGAUAACAGAUUUAAUAGGGCAAUAGUUUUAGAGUAUCUGGUGCUCAUCAAAUCUGCAGUGCUAUUAAUUAUUGCCUUUACACCUUAAAAUACUUGUCAAAACCUGUAAAAUUCCAAAAGUUCUCUACCCUUGCCAAAAGUAAUUGAAUGAGUCUCUGCAGGUUGAGGACUUACUAUGUCUGUUCCCCUUUGCUGUACUACUGUAUUAUAUCAAUCUACUUAGUCCUUUAGUCUCAAGGCUAAACAGAGAGGUGAAUGCUGAUAACUUCUUUAGCUGUCACAGCAACUAGAGCUCGCUGGUCUUAAUGCAAGCAUGUCCAAUGAGAGUCACAGACUUUGAGAAACUAUCAUCCUGGUCAUCCUGUGCUCCACUGGUUUUGUACUUUCUGUUUAUACAAGCACAAUAGAAAUCCACUCAAAUUGAUUACAGAGUUUCAGCUGCAGAUGUGACUUUUGAUAGUGUAAUGCUCACCAGGUUAAGGUCUGUACCUUAGUCACCAUUGCAGACCUGUUCUUUUACCUGCAACUAAUUAUUUCCAGCACCAUUUAUGUACCACAGAUGAGAGCCAGAUGCAGCUGAACAAUACCACAAAAAUAUGUUUAACAGAAACAAGAUUCCCCUAAGCCAGCAGUUAUGGAAUUGCUUAUAUAAAAAAAAAAUAUCACAGGAACAUAGAGUACUGUCAUGCAUGAGCUGCUGGAAAGAAUACAGGAAAGAGAUAAUUACAGUAUUGCCUAAAAUCAAGACAGGACAAGUUGUAAAAUAUGCUGGUUAUCUCUUAUGUGUCAUCAGAUUGGACCAAAAAACAUUAUCUGUUUCAGAUCCAACAAGAAUUCUUAAUUUGACUUUCUGAAAGUCAGGUUUUGCAUCAUGCUGUGUAGGGGAAAAGUCUACCUCACAGAUAUGUUGCAAACAAAUUGCAUUGCUUCCUAAGGAUGCUUAACAUGGUUCACUACUGAAAAGCCGGGAGGGAGUCAGUCUAAAGCCAGAUCCUUAAGAAUUAUGUUGUGAGCACUUCAAUGAAGCUUUUGUUCGCUUGUCUCAUCAAAUAUUCUUGAGUAGUUAAACACAUAGUCCAAGGGACUUUCACAAAGCAGUUUGAUAAUACAAUGGAUUUCUACCUACUGCAGAAGGAAGAAAAAUGCAGAACUGUUAAGCUUCUCUUCUUCAGUGAUUUAAUUUCACUAUGAAAUUAGGGGAAGCUCAUUACAAACAACAGACUGAUCCUACCGAUGCAAAAUCUAGAGGAUUUAGAAACAGGUUUUGCUCCUCAAAUACUUUUUUUUAUUAUAAAGUACUAUUUCAUGGGCUUUUGUUAGGGAAUGCUUAUCCAACUUCUGGAUGAAAGAGCUACGAACCAAGCAGCUACUGCACAUUAACUGGCUGUAGCAACAACGAACAUGACUGAGCAUAAGGUACUCCACAGUGUGGAGGUAAAUGUACUGAUAGAAUCAGUCGGAUCCUAAAUACCUUUGAUACUAGGAAGCAGAGCAACAGAUAUUAAUGCAGGGACAGGGUCUAUUAAAUACUCUUCUUACUGUACAGACCCGAGAGGAUAAAGGUCUCUGCUAUGGAUUCUUCAAAAUGUGGUAUGGCCCCUUGCAUUCCUGAUAUACGGUAUACGGCCAACAGCUACCCAUUAACAUAGCACUUGAUGGUCUUUGCAAAAAGGGGUUGGGAAGAGAGAGAAGAAAAGGUCUGACAUGCACAACUGUUGUAAUCCCACACAAUGCAGCAUACAGAAACCCCUCUCCGACAGUAGCAGCUGCGUGCUGACAGCUGGAGGGCACGGUCUCCCCAGGAUGUCACUGGUACGGCAUUCUCUUCCACAAAUUGCAAAUCUGUGCAGAAGAAUUUGGAACUGUAUCUGGAUGGCCCUCUGACCUUCUACCUAGCAGUUCCCGCAAGAGGCUGGACAGGAUGCAAACGUGACCUUGGCCACGAUUUUCAAAAGCAACUGUUUCGACAACAAACCAAUCAAAGAGGAGUUGCCUCCUCAGACACAGCAUCUCAGCCCCUGCUCUGGCCCCCUCCUCACUCUGUUGUGUUGGUACGACCAGCUGUGUGGUGGUGCAAUAAACUGAUCAGGUUAAAAAUUACCAUUGUUUUUUUCUUCCCUGAGUUCCUUUUAGCAGAGAUGAGUUCUCUCAUCUUGCUGACUGAGCUGUGCAGGGAGGCGAGCUGACGCAGCUAAGUGUACAAUGAGCCAAAGAGAGUUGUCAGCCUCAGAAGUGGGGGCAAUAAGCAACUUAGGUUGGCACUGCCACUGCAGCAAUGGUGAGAUUUGGCUCCUUUAUGCAAUUUAUCAGUUACAGUAGCUUACAGCAUAUGUGGACCUCAGGUGGAAGGGGGCCAGGUAGACCAGUGGCCUCCCUAAUUCAAAAUCUGUUUAAAACUAGUUUAGUUUGUUGACUAAAUGAUUUUAUAUGUAAUUUUGUCAUAAUAUUGUUAUGUGGGGAGAAAUAGAGAAUGUGUUGUUUCAAAAUAUGUGAUGUGUUAUAAAAGUAAUAUAUAUAUAUAUAUAUAUAUACUUAUAUAUGUAUGGGAAAUGCAUUAUUUAAUACAGCAUAUAAUGCUUGUAUUGUGAUAACAUUUUAUGGGAAGAAAAGAUGUUAGUUUACACCGAGAAAGAUUUUCUAUAUACUGUAAUGGUAGAAAAAAAAUCAAAGAUAAUUUGUUGGUCUAUAUGAUAGAAACACACAGGGAAGGGAAUAACUCAGUUCUGUGGCAGAAUAGAUGCCAAAAAAUCAAUUGCUUUAAGAUGCACUUUCCUACUUUGAAUCUCUUUCCUAUCUCUUCUUAGGCUAUUCAUCAGAGUCUGCACAUUUGCGUACUCUCAGGGCCAUUUUAGUAUCAAACAUAUUGUCUGCUCUUUGCAUCAAGCAUCAACAUAAUCUUUUUUAGGGCUUGUUUCUGCCAGAUUUUCUACAGGCAGUAACAUGUUGAGGAGGUUUAUCACAUUGCACGUGCAGACAACCCAGUGGUUUUGCAGAACUACAGUCUCUGUAUUCCACCCUCCCCUGGCAGUGGUAUAAGUGGGAGGUGUUUUUUUCUAGUGAUAGCCCUGGAAACUCCUGAAUCUGCAGCCUGCAUGACUACAGUCCAAACACAGCAGCAGACAGCUGCCUGCUCCUGCAUGAGGAUGAGAAGCUAGUCCAGUUUCAGCUCCUGUUUAAUAAGCCUUCUCAGACUGUUGCAUGUACUGCCAACAGAAUUUUCUAGUGCACCACUUUGCCUAAAGGAAGGGUGAACUACAAAAACAACUCCUGACAAAUACUUGUCCAGCAAGUUCUUAAUGUCUUGCCACAAUAUUUCACAAUCUUCUAAAUACAGUCCAGCAUAUUAUUAUAUGAAUAUUAUUCCAGACAUACAUGAGCAGCCUCGAGAUCAUAAGAGCGAAAAACACAACCUGCAGACUGUGAUGCUUUUUCUGGGACACUCCUGCCCCUCUACACAUGCAUUUCAAGCAACUCAUGGAGCACUUGUGCUCUGGGAUGAAAUUUGGCAUCCUGAAUUUCAGUCUCAAGACAACUUACUGUAAAUCCAAAGGCUAGCACACGAACCAAAUAAAACUGACAAGAAAACAGAAUAAAUUAAACUUGAACUGACUCAUGGCUGAAA